CCAAGACCUCGCAGACCCACGCCACGCCACGCCGGUGAGGUAGAGGAGAGGAGGCGACGCGGCGGCGAUGGCGGGCGGCGACCGGGAGCGGGACGUCGAGGAGGAGACGCGGAAUCAGAUGAUGCAGAACCUCUUCGGGGACCAGUCGGAGGAUGAGGAGGACGCGGACGACGACGACGACGACGACGUCGUCGAGGUCGUCGACGACGACCACCGUCAGCAGCCGCCGCCGCAGCAGCGGCACCAGGAGCUGGACGACGACGUCGACGACGACGAGGAGGACGACGCCCGCAGCCACGCCCACGCCCGCUCCGGCGGGUACCACUCCGAAGAAGUGGAUGGUGAGGCAGAGAAUGGAGGGGAAGGUGAAGGCGAAAGUGAGGGACAAGUUGGGAUGGAAGAGGAAAGUGAAGGUGAAGCUCAUCGUGCGGAUCUUGAUCAAGGAGAAAGUGAUGGGGACAAGGUCCAGAGCUCUCCGGAAAGAGAACUUGAUGACCAAAGGGUGGAACCUGAUGCAAGAGGAAUGGACAGUGAAGAUGAGGGCUACCAGCAGAGGACAGUAUCUAGCAGAAGAAGGGGAGUUGUUGCCUCUGAAUCUGAGGGAUCCGAAGAUAAUUACUAUGCUGAUGGAGGUCAAGAAGACGAGGAACCUCGCCAAACAAGGAAACCAAGCUCCCCAAUGGAGGAAGAAAGAGAUCAGGAAGUAGUUCGCGAUGUGUUUGGUGACAGUGAUGAAGAUGAACCAGGUCCAUAUCGUACACGCCAUGACAUUGAUGAAGAUUCCCAUAGAUCGCCUAUAGAGGAUGAAGGGCAGUAUGAGAAGGACAUGCAACCAGAUGAUGUAGUGGCUGAUGAAGAUAUGCACUAUGAAUCUGAUGAAAAUCGCGAACUGAACACAAAAGAGAAACCAGUUGGUCCACCGCUGGACUUGGUAGUUCCAUUUAGGCAACCACCAGCUCGGCCUGACAAAAUGAAUGUGAUCAAGGUAUCAAACAUUAUGGGGAUUGACCCGAAACCCUUUGAUCCAAAAACAUAUGUGGAAGAAGAUGUUUUUGUUACAGAUGAAUCUGGAACUAAGAAAAGGAUACGGCUAGAGGACAAUAUUGUGCGGUGGAGAACCGUUAGGAACCCGGAUGGCACUACAUCUUAUGAAAGCAAUGCACGGUUUGUAAAAUGGAAAGAUGGAAGUAUGCAGCUUCUGAUUGGCAAUGAAGUUCUUGAUAUAUCUGUACAUGAUGCGCAUCAUGACCAGUCCCAUCUGUUUUUGAGGAAUGGGAAGGGAAUUCUACAAUCACAAGGAAGGCUUUUGCACAAAAUGAGAUUUAUGCCAUCUUCCUUGUCUUCAAAGUCACAUCGCCUGUUAACCGCACUGGUUGAUUCUCAGAAUAAGAAAACUGUUAAGAUGCAAAAAUGGUUUGAGACUAAGGAUCCUGAGAAAGUGAAACAGGAAAACGAAAGGGCUUUGGGUCAAAAUAUUCGGGCCCAUUCAAUUCUUCAACGCAAAAGAGAAAAGGUGAACCGCAAGUACACACAACCUGCCAGGCCAAGGCGACAGCUUUCCCCAGGGUUCUUGGAAGAUGCUUUAGAUGAGGAUGAUGAGCCAGAAUAUGGUUCUCGGCGAGUGCCAGGUCGUAGACGGUUUGAGGACGAGUUAGAAGCUGAAGCACUAGCUGAGAGGCGUAUCAUUAAUGCAAAGAAGUCAAAUAUGAACAGAAAUGUACCCCGCAAUACAUCGUACCCUCCUGCUCGUCCACCGAGACGUCAAGUUGAUGAAUACUCGGAGAGUGAGAGGGAGGAGUCAGAAUAUGAAACUGAUGGCGAGGACAUUGAGCACUCACCAAUUCGUGGAAGGGAAGAUGAGCUUGAUGAGGAUGAAUACGAGGAAGAUGCUGAAGAAGCACCUUUGUCGGAUGAAGAAAUGGAGGCACCGAAGCGGAAGAGAGAAUCAGGAGGCGGUGGGCACAGGCGCGAGGAGCUGGUCUCCGAGGAGGAGGAGGAGGACGACGACGACUCUCCACCCAGGAAGCAGCAGGCUGUUCAGCAUCGCAGGAAGGCCGUCGUUUUCGACGACAGCGACGAGGACUGAUGAUGAACAGGGGAAAACUUGUAAAACGUUGGUGUAUGACCUGCUACAGUUAUCUUUCUUUUUUGUGUGUGUUGGAGAAUCGUUGCCUGGAAACAGGAGGUUGUUAACUGUUGUUAUUCGGCACGCUGCUGGUUUGUUAUUAUUAUCAUCAAGAUAAAAGAAGAAGAAAUGAAGUAAAAAAUUCACGCGAAAUUCCCGUGAAAUUUUUAUGUU